CAUUAUCGUAGUCUAGUGAAAACGUGCACGCUGUUCCUGAUUGCCUGUUCAUUUCGAACUGAAUCUCGAUAAAGGUUAGACAAUGAGUUCUAAAAUCAAAUUAUUCGCCAAAAUUACUUUUCGAGUAACGCCGUAUACAUUCAUCGAUAUUUACACAGAAAUGUAAUGGAAAACGGUCGCGUUUCUUCCAGAAUAUUUUCUAAUUGCACAGGGACUCAGGAACGGUUCAUUUUUGGUACUUUUUGCGAAACGUCGAACAGCUUGGCGAGCACUCCUUCAUCAUGCAUAAUUCUUCUUGAGAAACUCCAGUAUAGGGUGCUGAAGGUGUGACAACAGUCACAUUGUGUUCACUCGUCAAUUUUUUGCGUAGAGCUUAAGAAUGAUAUUACACACAAGUAACAAUUACGCAACUUGUUGAAAGUCUAUAUGUUGUGACAACAUUCGCGAGAGAAUAAAAAAGCAUCUGUAUGACAUGUUUUUGCAAAGCGAGGAAAAUAUAUCAGGGUUGUCGUUGCGGAAGCUUAUAUGUUUAUUAUUUUCCACCACCCUAAUUCAACAAUACACGGUAUCGUUUUUAAAAAAUAAUUUUCUUUAUUUUUUAUUACUAUCAAUUGUAGCCAUUUUAAGUAGCUCUGUAUAUACGACUCGAACUACACAUAAAAUAAAGUUUACAAUAUUUCACGAAGUUGACACGUACAUACAAUUUCUUAAUAAUUUUUUAAUAUCGACAGUAUUAAACAUUUAUAGAUAAUCAACGUUGUCAAUAUUGCAAACAUAUUAAUAUCUUAUAGAUAAAAAGCUUGAGCCGUGCGUCAAAUUUUUCUCUCGUUUCAUUGUUCCAGCAGGAAAUUUUUGUUUCAAUUCGGUAACCAGUAAUCUGCCAUUUUUCUUUACGGUGUUCAUUGACUUUUUCGUUCCAUAGAUUAUCAUUUGCUCUUCAGUAUGUAAAUAAGUUUCACUGCUUCUGAUUUACAAGAAAUUUUGAUCUGAUUUUCCGUGAUAAAAGAAAAAAUACCGAUCAAGAAAAUGCUAACGUGUAUAUGUAUGAAACCGAGAGACAGGGUGAAGUGAUUUUAAAAAGUUGUGGAUCAACCUCGUGUUCCUUUAAUUUAAUAGCAACUUUAUUCGUUAAUUAUUCAAAUUUUUUCCUUUCUUUCGAUUUCCUACGUGAAUAUUUAUUUAAGCGCUCUAACUUCACUUUACUAUCUAUUUUAAAUCGUAUCGUGCAUGCAAUCUCCUGAUCUGUUGAGUUUUUUCAUGUUCAUUUACCUUGUUGCUCGCAUAUACGAAUACAAAUGGUUUAUUCAAGAAGAAUGAAAAGCUAUUCGGAUAUCAGGACCUGAGAACGUCAAAACAAGAAAAUUAUUUUUAAGUUGGCGUUAGGUGGAUCAUGCACCCAACAGCUACACGACCUAAUCGAUCGUCUAUACAAUCAGCUAUUCUGCCUGCAUCAGCACCUUCUUCCAUUUUACAUCCACAGCAGCAACAAAUUCUUUAUGGUCCUGUUCCUAAUCCAACAUUGACUCUUCAACCAUGUGGAACUAGUCUGUAUCCGUCUUGUAUUUAUCCAACAGCACGCCGUAAUGCUGCUUUGACUAAUCCUGUUCCUUUACACGUACAAGGCAAAAGCAGCAGAUGGCCACCCAAGAAUAAACUCAUACGAAAUCCAGAAUAUUAUCAGCAGCAGCAGCAGCAACAACAUAUUCAACAGCAACUAUCCUACAAUCCGAAGUCUUUAGUCCUGUAUGAUCAGACAACAAAUACUGGCCCAUUGCCUGCAUCAACUACCUCAUUUUUAAUUGCCUCCUCAACGUACACACAUGGUUCCUUUACUGGAGACCAGUACAACUCUGGAAUUGCUUUAGUACCUCAAACUUACUUCAAGCCUCCAGAUGUGCAAACAUUUUGUGUAGUUCAAGAUCGACAAAGUAUUCAACAACAACAACAAGAACAACUGCCACAUGGAUCCUAUUACAAUGUUCCAUCCACAAACACUUGCAACUUGCAAACUGUCAACACUAAUCCCUUGUUUCAAUAUUCUAAUCUCAAUCCUUAUGCGUCUCCAGCAAAUUAUGCAAAUCAAAUCACGAGUCCGGUUGAAACAACACAGUCUAAUCAAGUCUUCCCUAAUCCUCCAGUGAAUCUGGUCUUUCCAAAUAUACAGAGAGAUAAAACUGCAACCUCUUCCACCACUUUUGACAUUUCAACAUUAAAAUGCACUAAGAACAGGUUAACUACAGUGAACGAUUCUCAAAUCCCAUUAACAACUACUGAAAGUUACAAUGAAUGGCCAUCACAAACAACCACUUCCUCCGUUAACAGUUUAUUGGACAUGAAAGCAUGUACAGAUGACACAAAACCAGAAACCAAUGCAUAUUCUUCAGAUAAAGUUGCUACAAGUGUGUCUACAAAAAUACAAGAAGAACAUUACUCGGAUGAAUCCUCAGCUAGCUUUGACUUCACCAUUGAAGCUGAGAAAAUGGUUUCAGCUCUUUGCAACACAUCUUCCAACGACAUUGGUAAGGAAGAAAUGAAGAAUGAUAAAAGUGAUUCAGCACCAUUGUUCAAUGGUGCUGGUGACACUGUCUCAAACAAAAACACUUGGUUUACUGACUUCUGUGUGGAUUAUGGAACCAGCACAUCCAUAGCUGUACAAACUGAUGCACCAACCAUUGAUCGCACCCAGUACCCCGAACUGCUACGAAAAGUCAUUUACUGGGGAUGCACAGAAGCCGAGGUCGUCUUAAAUAACGACUGUAAAACAAAUCCAAAAUUUAGUUGGUUAAGGAACCUUUCCACCGCCACUAAAACGGCCGUCACAAAAUCAUCCACAUGCUUCCCAAUUUUUGCUGGAGAUCGUGUAUUCGUCAGCGACUUAAUAAAUGCUCUGCUACGCAUCAGCAACGGUUGGCUCAUCCUCGACAAUUACUUGAACAAACAACAUUAUCCGAGUCUGGAUGACAAAUACAACUGCGAAUUGGUCAGAUGCUUUCAACAAUGGGAAGAAAACACGCACGAGCUGCUCAGUCAGAUUGUCCAAACGUUUUUGAAACUUGAAGGGAACCAUGACACUUGCGAUGCUGAGCAGAAACCAGAAUCGUUUGAAACUUCUCUACCAGGUGAUGUUUCAGCUUACACAAACCAUGACUUGUUUGAUCCAUCCGCGAACAAUACAUCAAGGAAUAAAAGGAACGAUCAAGAAACGUUCCAUGUCGGAAGUCAGCGAAAUUUUGGCCAGUAUAACGUUGAUCAGGAGAGACAGACGGGUCAAAGAGAAACGAAAUCUCGAAGUAAGUGGACUAUCACUGAGAAUGUAGUGACAGGACACACAGAAUCAGGUGCCCAAACAAACGGUAGAUUUCGUUUAAAAGGAACUUCAUCUGCCUCAAAGACCGACGUAUCCACACAAUCAUUGAAUGCCGAGUUUUUUCAUCUGAGAAGCAAGGUUCUAACAGAAAGCAGCCAGGACCGACAAUGGACGUUCAAAGAAAAGAAGCAGGAAUAUCCUGAAAACCCAUCACAGCACGAGAACGACUCUAUUUUUAGAUUACAGCGACAACUGGACGAAAAUUACGAGGGCAAUUAUACCCAGAAGUGUUUGUCAAGGGUGGAAUCGUCGUUUAUGAACCCUUCGAUUAGUCUGGAGUCCAUAUACUUCAGUUCAAACAACGACACCGAGCAUUUCUACCCCAAUUACUCCAUUUGCCCCUCGUACACGAUAGACUACGGCCACAAGCAUUUAAAAAAUUUCGAUCAGAACCAUGGAAACAGGACUAAUAUGGACUUAAUCUACGUCGGUAAAUCGUCAACCAGUCAACUGCAAUUGGCGGCAGUUCCAAAAGACAGAAUGACGUUACUCAGUCAAAUCGAGCCCAGUAUUCCUGAGAAGUCUUCCGAAGAAAUGACAGCUAACUUGUCCGCCUGGUUCGCGAGUAUGAGAAACUCUGAAAAUGCAUCGCGAGCGCCAUCUCGUCACGAGACGAAAAACACAACGGACCUCGGUAAUUGCAUCAGGCAGCUACAAAUUGACGCGAACCGUCAGUUCCAAACGUUGCAAAACAUGCAGAGCAUACAAACAGCCCCCUGGAACGCUUACAAUCUGAUCAAUAACCGUGUUCAAGCACAGCAGGCUCCCGAGGAGUACGACAGUUCCGAGGACGUUCGGGUUUACAUGAAACCGGGUAGCUACAACGUCCCGAAAAAGAGGCACCAAAGAAAGUCUAAUCGUCGUCUGGAUUCACGAAACGAAUCGAAUAAUCACAGAAGUCAUUAUAAUAAAGAAAAGAACUUCUGUGCACCUUCGUCGUCGACACCGCUGCCUCGACUCGCAACGAACGUUUGCACAAACGUUAGCAGUACAACAACGAAGUUGCCGUUUCCGGCGAGUCCUAUCGUACCGCCACCUGCAUUUUCUCUUGAGAAUUCACCGAGAAUUUUGAAACGUCCCGACACAUCCGGUUAUAAUGUGCCAGAGGAUGUUACUUGGAAAGCGGCGUGCGCCUCGGCGGAAAUUCUUUUGGAAGCUUUGAAUGUUAAGAAUGAUAGCGAUUCGAACAAAAAGGAAAUUCAGCUGAGCGAUGUCACGGAGGAACUUGAAUGUGCCGAAGAGAAUGACGGAGCAUCGAAGAAGCAGGAGAAGCUGGAGGAAAAUUCGUCGAAAACUUUGAAAGAUGAUAACGAUAUUUGCGGUGGAGUUUCGAGUUACGAGGCGUCGGAGGAUGAGUCGGGAUCUACUUAUCGUCUGUCCCCCAAAACAAGUACCAACGAAAUUUCACAGUUGUCUGAUAGAAAUGGUUCUAGUAAAGUGAACGUAAAAACGGACUCGUGGUUAAUCAGAACUUUGAACAACGUUAGUAUGGCGAAGAAGCGGCGAAAAAGUAAUAACGCGAAACGACGCAGUUCGGAAUCGUCGAACAGUUCAGUGACGGAGAAUGAGCAAACGGCGCCGGUUUCAUCGACCAAUGGCGACGCACCGAUCAAAAACAUGGAACAAACUACGUUAGAAGAGAGUCCCAAGGAUCGAAUUACGUCGGAAAAAACGAACCAAAUUACAGGGAAAGCCACUUAUUCCGAAACCGUUCGACGCUGCGCUUCCUCAUCCUUCUCUGAGAAGAAAGAAUUCUGCAAGAAAAGCAAAUUGAAUAUCGCCAACAUAUCGGCGAUUUCCGGUCGGAAAUGUCAACGAAAAGAUUUCGAGAAGUCGUACCGUCUGUUGCACAGCAGAUCAUGCAAGUGUUCCGGGAAGAGGACAGCGAAAAACUGCGACGGCGAUAAUCGAGCAGAAGAGACGUCAAAAAUGAAACAUGGGAAGAAAAAGGAGAAUACUGGUUGCAUCGAAUUUUUAGACGGAAAAAGCGAUCGAGGUUGGUCCGUGUGGUACAGUUCUAAAAGAAAGCAAAGCCUUAGUCCUCUCGCGCUUAGCAAGCUAGAAAUGAUACAUCAAACUGUCUGGCAAAUGGAGGACGCAGAAAUUUUUAAGUGUCCGUCUUCGAGAAACGGCGAUGACGCUCGACCCUCUGCACACACUAUCGAAGAUUAUUGUAAAGUUAUCAAAAGUCCCAUGUUCCUGGAAACUGUUGAGUACAAGCUGAAGAAUCGAAUCUAUCACAAAGUAGAACACGCAGUUAGGGAUUUUCGUCGUAUUGUUUAUAAUUCGAAAUUGUAUCAUAAGAAUGAUUAUGACCGAGUGAAAACAAUCGAGACGUUGUCAAAGAAGCUCGAGGAAUUAUUCGAAGAACACUUUGCUAGCUGGGAUUUCGGCAACAUUAGCGGUAGUCCAAGAGAAAGUUCGCCGGUAUUUCAUCAAUUUAAAACUGCUGGUCAAAAGUCGAUAACUCGACGUUAUAGUAAUUCGAAGAAAAGUCCGUCCCCGUCAAUCACAGAAAGUAUUUGAUACCACACUUUUGUGUGACAUUAGACCUUACACAGAAGAAUUAUUGUACCUGUAAUUCAUGGUGAUAUUAUACAUCUACAAUUUAUAUUAUCCUUAGAUUAAAAGAAAACUAAUGAUCGCAUCGAAUUUGUGAACCGAUGGAUUCAAAGUCAAAUGUAUAUCUCUAAGACUCGAUUAUAAUAACCGCGUUCUAGUCACGCAUCAGUUCGUAUCUUUGUUAUCGUAAGCAUUUUUACAAUUCUUUUUUCUUUCGCGAAGUAACUCAUGCCGUUAAGUACAAUAAAAUAAUUUUUCAUUUACAUAAUUAAUGUAUAAUGAGAAUCGAACGAUAACGAAAGAUAAGUAUUAUGUUAGGUGUACAAAUGAUUAAUCCAAACCUUUAAUAUCUAAUAAUCAAAAAUUAUAUUAAUUUUCUAUUUAGGUUCAAUAUUUAUAUUUUCAAAAUCAAGAUUUUUCAUACGUUAUUCAAAAAGAAAUCCAUCAUGCGUUUUAACAUAUUCGUUGUAUAAAUUUUCGAAUGUUUUAAUAGCUGUAUAUGAACGCUAAUAUGAUCUCAAAAGACAUUUAAAAAAGUUUGGAUUACUCAUCCGUAUACCUAAUAAUAUUAAAUUGUAUUGUCAAACAGAUGAUUGUUAAAUAAAAACGUAGAAAAAUUCAAGAA